CCAUUUCAUGGUUCCAUGACAAAAUGUUGCUCAAGGACCUUUCCCACUCUCCCAUUCCGUGGCCCCGUGAUCUUUAAGGACCGUUCCACCCCAACCAUCCCUACGAGCAUCGCCGAGUACGACCUGAAGGACAUCUCAUACACGGUGCGCAGCCCCACGUGCCACGAGCUGCUGGUCCUCGGCUCCCUGGAUGAACCCAUGGUGUUCAGCUUCGAGGAGGAGCGCGAGGCGCAGAAGUGGUGGACGAUCGUCAGCAGUUCCCUGCGGGAGGCGCAGAAAG